AGCGACCAAUUAUUUGCCCACUUUCAUUUCUCUGCUUCUACCAUUCUAAUUAUUUUCUCUUUCUUAUUUCACUUAGUUUCUCCUUUAUCUAUAUCCUUCCUGAUACCUCCUUUUUUCGCAGCUAUCUCGGCGGACACUGUUUAGGAGCUUUUGCUGGGUGCCACUUCUUUAUCUGGGGCCGACAUGGCUUCUCAGAUUCCUAUAGGCCUUGCUCUUCAGGGCUUCCAAACUGCUCCUCCGGGAUUGCUUUUACGUCUCUCGACCGCGAUUGCGUCUCCCUGGUCUCGGAUCAGGUUUUCAGCGAGCAGAACGGUUCAGGCCACAAAUGUGCCAUCUGGUUUUGAUAGAAGACCUGCGACCCCGAUUAAGCAUUCGGCCGCGGAACUACCCGAUUUCAUGAAAGCUUGUCCGGAGCUGCGAUCGCCUCAAUAUACUGGGCCACCUUUGCUUGCAUCUGGUAUCCUUCAGUCUGCGUUCAGGAAAUCAAAUACCCAGCCCUGGUCUACUUCUUUUUCCUCGAUUCCUGGUACUUCACGACGGUUCUCUACUCUUCCGGUCUUCUCUUUUCGUCGUAUCCUUCCGGUGGCGCCUAGAUCUGUCAGUCGAAACCAAGCUCGUACUUUUAUCCUUCCUGGUCCCUCUCAACAUAUUCUAUACCGGGCGGAGCAGGCUGCCAAUGCUGCCCCACAGAAUGUUGUUGCCCAGGAAAAGUUUUACGACACGCUGCUCCGGGCCAACCUUCCACAAUUCGUUAUCGAUCGCUAUCAAACUGGACAAUAUGCUACAAGUCGGGCUUGUGAGGACAAAUACGUCAAGGCGCUUGAAAACACUGGUCAAAUCGAAAAGGCUCGCAUGAUCUUGGAUAGAAGGAAUGAAAUCGUGGAGAACGAUGCUUUGACAAAUGGGGAAAUUCAGGCUAUUAGUCAAGCUAUUGCUGCCCAGUCUCGCGGUGGGACUUUUGCUACUUCUCGUGGCACCUCUGGAACUGCUGGAUAUGGUCGUGGGGCUGACAAGGAUAGCCCGAUUCAUGUUGUCGUUGAUGAAUCUGUCAGCGGGGUUGUGUUCAAAUGGGUCAAGUUCCUCUUCUACUUUGGUCUUACUGCGUAUUUCCUAUUGGUAUUCCUUACUCUCGCCAUUGAAGCCACUGGUCCGAUGAGGAAAGCUACCGGAACCCAAUCGAACGAAGCUCAAGCGUCUCAGCAAACUGCCCGGUUUACUGAUGUGCAUGGGUGCGAUGAAGCCAAGGAGGACCUCCAGGAGUUGGUCGAAUUCUUGAAGGAUCCUACCCAAUUCUCAACUCUUGGUGGGAAAUUGCCGAAAGGGGUUCUUCUUGUUGGGCCGCCCGGAACCGGAAAAACCCUUCUUGCUCGUGCGGUUGCUGGAGAGGCGGGUGUUCCAUUCUUUUUCAUGUCCGGCAGCGAAUUUGACGAAGUCUAUGUUGGUGUGGGAGCUAAGCGUGUUCGGGAACUCUUCGCCCAGGCUCGUGCUAAGGCACCUGCUAUUGUUUUCAUCGAUGAAUUGGACGCCAUAGGGGGCAAACGCAAUGAACGUGAUGCGGCAUAUGUUAAACAGACACUCAACCAAUUGCUUGUGGAUUUGGACGGCUUCUCCCCUAAUAGUGGAGUUAUAUUCCUGGCUGCCACUAAUUUUCCCCAACUUCUCGACAAGGCUCUUACCCGACCCGGCCGUUUUGACAGGAACAUCAACGUUCCGUUGCCUGAUGUCCGUGGAAGAAUCGCCAUUCUCAGGCACCAUGCUAAAAAUAUCAAGAUUGCUCCUGAAAUUGAUCUUUCUAUUCUUGCCAGGGGCACACCAGGAUUCUCUGGUGCCGAGUUGGAAAACUUGGUUAACCAAGCAGCUGUCCGGGCCAGUAGGCUGAAGGCUACCAGCGUUGGAAUCGAACAUUUUGAAUGGGCAAAGGAUAAAAUUGUUAUGGGAGCCGAGAGGCGAAGUGCUGUCAUCCCUGAAGAAGAGAAGAAAAUGACAGCCUAUCAUGAAGGAGGUCAUGCCUUGGUUGGGCUGAAAACCCAAGGCCACACUCCCGUGUACAAGGUUACAAUUAUGCCCAGGGGUCAGGCUCUUGGUGUUACUUCAUAUCUUCCCGAGGGUGACAGACUCUCCAUGUCAAAGAAACAAAUGAUUGCCCACAUCGAUUCUGCCCUUGGCGGCAAGAUUGCGGAGGAGAUUGUUUAUGGAACUGAGAAUGUUACUGGUGGAUGCUCUUCGGAUCUUCGCCAAGCGACUAGAAUUGCCCGCCGUAUGGUUAUGGAAUUGGGAAUGUCCGAACUUGUCGGAGACGUCGACGUAUCGGAAGGCUACCAGGAUCUCUCCCCAAAGACCAAAGAGCUCGUCGAAAAGGAGGUCCGCCGAAUUAUCGAAGAGUCUCGUGCGCGUGCCACUUCAAUCCUUACCGAGCAUCGCAAAGAAUUAGACCGUCUAGCAGAGGCGCUCCUAGAAUACGAAAGCCUCAACCUGGAUGAAAUGAGGAAGGUCAUUGCGGGUGAAAAGCUCCCAGAUAAGCUGAAAAUCCUUCCCAACGCACCUAUCAAGAUCCCCGAGGGUGUAUUUGGUGGGCCAACAUUAGAAGGUGGCCCGGCACCGGCGGGUGGAGUUGAUACAAAGACUGGAGAGAAGCCAGUAUAAGCAUUCUCCCCCCUUCUUUAUUAUCCAUAAUUGUAUGGGUGAAUGUAUGAUAUUUUCUAUCUACUGCGCCUAUCGCUUUCCCCGUUCUAUAGCUUCGUUUUUGCUCUUUGAUCCCCCUCUCGUCCUUUUGCUCGUGCGGAGCGUCCCUCCACCCGAUAUUCAUCCAUAGAUUGAACGCCGGAGACACAACAUGGAGACAAAAGAAAAAGAAGAGAGUAGGCGGGAAUUAUUUCUGGGUCGCGGACUGCCUUUUGCUCUUACUUCUCAUAAGGAGGUGUGUGUUUUUCAUUGUUGGGCGCUCGUCAUUUUUUAUUUUUUUCUUCAUCUACUCUUUGGGUUGUGGGGAUGUUUCAUAGAUGGAAAAUCAUGAUGAGGUUUUUGCCUAGGCGCUUGUGACCUGAAUGAUAUCUCGGGGGUGGAGUGUGGGUUUUGUGUACUUAUAAGAUGGGCUGUUUGGGAGGGGGAUCACGGAUAGAUGUGUAAACUGAAUUUCCUUUAGGUGUAUGUAUGUAAGAAACCUUUUUGUUUUGUG